GCGAGCCAGUCACACGGCGCUCGCGCCCGCGUCCGGCCGCCGCAGUCCACUCCGAGAUACGGCCCACGCUGGACCUACCGCAUCUCUGCACUGCUCGCUCGUACCUUGGCUGCACGCGCUCGCUACGAGCUUUCAGGACUAUCUCUCGAAUGGAUACGGACGACGAGUUCUGACCAGCAGCCGCGCACAGCCCAGUGCCAGCGUUUCUGUGCUUCUCAUUUGUUGUUGUUGUGUCGCGAUCGCAGUGCUUGCGGACACUUUGGUUCACUUCUCGAGUUCUCGGCGCAGCCAGUGACAAUGAAGCGCAGACGGGCAUGAGUGACUGAUAGCUCGUCGUUGCUGCUGCUGCUGCUGCUGCCGGCGCUGUCGGGACUGCUGUUCGUUUGGUUUUUUUCUUUUUCUCGUUGGAAGGCGGCGACGAGGUCUCGCGAGCAGCCGGCACCAUGAGGAUCAAAAUGCCAGCCGUGCGGAUUGCCCAAGCGGAGACAUCCCAGAGCGCGGCACCGCCGGACAUAGUGAUGUGCGGCGGCUGCAGGGCAUCCUACCCGUUGAGCGAGAUCGUGCGCUUCAUCGAGCACAAGGUCAACCACUGCCGAAGCAACUUGCCCGGCUGCCAGAGUCCCUCGGCGCAAGCGGCGCCCGAGGACUCCGAUCCGGAGGACGCCCUGGGCCUGAAGGCCGCGGACGCGGAGAAGCUGAACGUGGUGCCGAGCAUAUCGGCGCCGAUCAUCAAGAGGUCGGGCCGCGUCGAGAGCCCGCCCACGUCGGCCGACGCCGAGAGCCCGAUCGAGCUGAGGGCGAACGCCAGCUCGACGCCCAAGAGACGCACGCAGGAGGGCUGCGACGAGGCCAGCGACAAGGAGGAGGCGCCCAAGAAGCCCAAGACCGAGUCCGUCGACGCCGAGUCCAACACCGUCAGCACAGAACCAAAGUGGCUACAAUGUUCCCAGUGCACCCGACGCCUGGCCUCAGCGUGGGAGCUGCUCCAGCACGCGCAAACGGUGCACGGCUCGAGGCUGUUCACCCCGAGCUCGUCCUCGGCCAACUCGUCAUCCAACACGCCGGCGCCGAGCCCACCGACGCCGACGCCGAGCGUACACGCGCACCACCUCUCGCCCCUGAACCACCUGAACCUGAGCAGCAAGUCCACGGGCAGCUCGUCGGUGGCUAACAGCUCGGGAGGCACCUCCAGCGGCAGUAGCGGCGGAGGAGGCAACAACAACCGGCAGCAAAUACCGAGCACGAACCCCCUGGUCGGCGACCCCCUGCACAGCUUCCUCCGACUGCCCCAGCACCUGGAGCGCAGCUUCAACCCCAUGUUCAGGCCCGAGUUUCUCGCGAUCAACCACCUGGCUGGCUACAGGGGCCUGCAAGACCUGCAGACGGCCACGCGCAACUUGGGGGACCCUUUGCGCGGCAUCGACGGCUUGAACUUGGGCGACCCGCUGGUGCGCAGCUCGCUCGACACCCUGAACAACGCGCGCAACCUGGCGAACCUCGCGGAGUUGUCGCACGGUCGAGGGCUAGGUGCCCAGUCCCACCCACCACCACUCGAUGCCAAUCUGGAUUUUUACUCGGCGCGUCUAAGGAGUCUCGCUAACCCGUCCUUAGGCGCGGCUCCCCCAAAUUCGGCAGCGGUUAGCACCAGCAAUACUGCCGUAGUCAGCCAGGAGGCCCCCAGUCCAGCACCCGCGGCGGCCAAUCUUUCCCUACCACAAAAAGAAAACUCACCACCCUGUUACAGCCAGAGUCCACUUGGACACCACAACAACAACAAUUCCACGGACAGCGACAAGACGUCGCCGCCCGCGAUAUCCACGCCGAUCAUCAGCGCGGACAGCGUCGAGGCGGUGGUCUACACCUGCGAGGUGUGCGACAAGAAGUUUCGCUUCCAGUCCAAUCUCAUUGUGCACCGCAAGAGUCACCGAGACAAGGAGCGCAUGCAGUACCCGGAGAACGCUUCCGAGGGCUCCGCCGUGUCGGCCAGAUGCGAGGUGUGCGACACGGAGCUGACGAGCUUCGCCGAGCUGAGGAAGCACAUGAGGAAGGAGCACCAGGAGUCGUCGAUGGGUGCUCAGAGCCCCCAGGGCAGCGUGGAGACGGUGCCCGACGACGAUAGUAGUUGCGACGAAAAUAUGGAUCUGGACGACGGCGACGACAACGACACGAAAACCGAGCGCGACGACGGCGAGGAGAACACCCCGGAGGAUUUGUCGACACAGGGCCAGUUGGGGGACGACGGUCGCGUGGACCAGAAGCCGAGUCUCGUCGGCGACUUGAUGGAGAAAUUCGGGCUGAGCAACAUCGCGCAGUACUCGGAGGCGUAUCGCCAGGCGCUCCAGGAAAACCACCGGACCGGAGGGGGCUUCAUCAAAGCCGAGUCCACGGCCAGUCUGAACAACAACAAGGAGAAGGACAGCACGAUCUCGCCAACCAACUUCAACUCCUCUUCGGCGGCGAGCAUCUUCUCCGGCCAGGGCUUUCCUCGGGCCGGCGGCCCGGACUUUGGCGGGCUGUGGCUGCCCAACCCGCAUUACCUCGACAACAACGAGUUCCGCAAGGCCAGCAAAGCGACCACCUCCAGCCUAGCUCUCCCGGGCCUGCCGAGCCCGCUGCUCAAGAAGGAGAGGAGCGGCAGAAACGACACGUGCGAGUUUUGCGGCAAGGUCUUCAAGAACUGCUCGAACCUGACGGUCCACCGGCGUUCGCACACCGGCGAGAAGCCCUACAAGUGCGAGCUCUGUUCGUACGCCUGCGCUCAGAGCUCGAAACUGACCAGGCACAUGAAAACCCACGGCAGGCACGGCAAGGACACGUACAAGUGUCGGUUCUGCGACAUGCCGUUCUCGGUGCCGAGCACCUUGGAGAAGCACAUGCGCAAGUGCGUGGUCGUCGUGCAACAAGGCCCCAAGCUGGGAAUACCUUACCCGAGUAGUCAAGACGAGGACUCGUCGGUGAGUGCCAAGGAUACCUGAUCCUGGAGCAGCAGCUUACCGCCUAUGCCGCCGCUUUGGCCCCACCGGCCACCUUACCCGGUCUACUGAGACAGGCCAGUCUUCGCAGCCACGAAGGCCAGUACCGCGAUGGUUACCACUGAACAUAUUGCAAAUACGACACUCGAAGAUUAUUAUUAUUAAAUCGAUUAUUAUUAUUAUAAUUAUAUAUAGCCGGAGAAACGAUACAGAUGAAUAUAUAUAGAUGAAUCAAUAUAAAUAUUAUAUAUAUGAGCGCGUGAGUGAGCGAAAGACGGAGAGUGACAAAACGAGAGAAAGAUAUAUAAAUAUAUACAUAGUCUGGCGCCGCUGUAACUUUAUUAUCGCAUUGAAGAUUAUUUAUUUAAUAAUAUAUGAAAUAUAUAUAUGUAUAUUGUACAAGGUAAUAACGAUAUAUGUAAUGGCGAUGGGAGUGAAAGUCGUGGGCGAUCGAUUCCAAAUGUGAUUCGCGCGGCUCACCUUCAUCGCCCGCAACUUUUUUCUAAUGUCUCUCGAUGUAUCUCCUCGAUGCUAUAUGUACAUAGUUCGGGACUAAUCCGUAGUCCGUCAUUAUUCUGUGCGAAUGGUCACCGUUCGAGCGGGUCGUCGCAGGAGCAUUGCUGAGAUAUAUAUGUAAUACGCGAAAAUUUUGAUUUCUAAGCUUGUCGCGUGUGUACAUUGUAUCAUAAUUAUUUCUACGAUUAUUGAUUGCUAUUAUCAUUGCUAUUACUA